CGUGAUAAUCACGACUUUUCGGUUACCAUCGGGUUUCGAUUUUCGUGUCCCAAACAGUUUAGUAAACCUUGAACCAAACACAACCUUAGGAAACGAACAAAUGGUUCCUGCUGAAAUUCUGGAGAGGAGAAAUUGCGUUGAGCAAGAAGCUGCUGCUUGUGAUAGCUUCGCAGCAGCCACUUCUCGAUGCUGUUGACUCAGAGCUGAGACAUGAAGCGAGCCGUCUCCACUCUCCGGAGUCGCCGCGCCGUCGGUUACUUCUGCACCACCACCUCCUCCUCCUCGCCUGCGGCAGCGUCGGAGGCGUGGGACGGGCGGUUCCGGCUGCACAAGCUGCGGGGGCAGCACCUGCUCACCAACCCGCGCGUCCUCGAUGCCAUCGCGCGCCGCGCCGCGCUCCGCCCGGGCGACGCCGUCCUCGAGGUCGGCCCCGGCACGGGUAACCUCACCGCGCGCCUCCUCGCCUCCCCCGCAGAGCGCAUCGCCGCCGUCGAGAUCGACCCGCGCAUGGUCGAGGCCGUCACCGCCCGCGCCGCCGCCCUCGGCCUCGCGCACAAGCUCACGGUGAUCGAGGGCGACGCAGUGGAGGUCGAGUUCCCGGAGUUUGACGUCUGCGUGGCGAACAUCCCCUACAGGAUUUCGUCGCCGCUGAUCGCCAAGCUGCUGUUCGGCCCCUACCAGUUCCGGACAGCGACGCUGCUGCUGCAGAAGGAGUUCGCGCGGCGGCUCGUGGCCGCGCCGGGCGACGGGGAGUACAACCGCCUGGCGGCUAACGUACGCCUGGUCGCCAACGUGAGGCUGCUCAUGGACGUGAGCAAGAGGGACUUCGUGCCCAUGCCCAGAGUGGACUCCUCCCUCGUCGAGAUCCAGCCGAGGGCGAUCGCGCCCGGGGUCGACCUCCACGAGUGGCUGGCGUUCACGCGCGUGUGCUUCGGGCAGAAGAACAAGACCCUCGGUGCCAUCUUCAAGCAGAAGAGGAUGGUCAUGGAGCUGUUCAGCCGGCCCCGGAGAGCGGAGGAACACGAGGAUGGCGCCGGUGACAUCGGCCUUGGUGCACUCGAUGACGAUGUCAGCGAUGAAGGCAAUGAUCGAAGCAGGGACGGAGCCGUUGAUUUCAGCGCGGAAGAGGUCGGGGCGUUCAAGGAGAGGAUCGCCGGAGCAUUGGAGUCUGCCGAGCUAGCCGGCAAGAGGCCGUCGAAGCUGUCCAACGACGAGCUGCUGCGGUUGCUCCGGCUGUUCAACGAGCGGGGGGUGCGGUUCCAGUAGACCACACCUCGUGCGGUGAAUGGUUUCACAGAGGUUUGUGUCGCCGAGGUCAUGCCACGCCUGGUGGAUGGCUGCGUUCACAGAAUCGCAGCAUUUUGGGGUGCUCCCGGAGUAUCAACCUUAUCCAUGCUGUGUUCAAUAUACACCGUUUUGCUGAGGUGAACUUUGGCAACCUGAUGGUAUGCGUUUUUGUGAUAU